AUGGCUCUCUCGAUGAUAUAUGCAACUCGGAGUGCCUUUGCCGUUAUGAAGUGUGCCUCAUCACAGCCCGCAAGCGCAAGUGACAAAAGAGCAUCGCCUAUGGAGAUACUUACGAAGCGUGCUCCUGAUCUGGGGGUUUUGUAUACGCUGUGUUCUUUUUACCGCAACCCGCGCAAGAACUCGCUGGAAAAACGGUCUCAAGUCGGCGUUAUCAUCGGACGCAGCGACGUAACCAAGGGCUACAGGUAUGUCCUGCAAAAGGAAAAUAAGGUCGUGGCUACGCAGCACGUAAAGGAUAUCGAAACUCUGAGUGAUGAUCAGAACAUCCAGUUGCAGAGAGAACUUGACUUCGAGGAUCAAGUCGAUGGUACGGUGUCGACAUGUUCAGGUGAAGCAGUCUUGAUCGACUCGAGGUGCACCGAACGCGCGCAAUAUAUCGUUUACGAGCGCGAUCCCAAGAAUUGUGGAGAAGCGAUGCGCAGCAGCAAGCGCGAAGGAUUGGAGACGGCUAUGCGUGAAGAGAUAGAAGCUCUGGAAGAAAUAAGGUUUGGCGGUUGGUCAAGCGAGGUUUCAGCAGUAAUGCACUGCACACCAAAUGGGUAUAUAAAACGAAGACCGAUGCGCACGGCGAUCUCGAGCGGCUCAAGGCUCAACUUGUUGCAUUCGGAAAUGAGCAAGCUCUUGCAACAUGGGUUAGUGCCCGCCAAGCACGGGGAUAUACCCAACGCUUAUGUAAAAGCGGAUAAAGAGUCUCACCUUGAGAUAUUUUCGCAGAUACCACAAAGCAUGGACAUUGACGAAGCGACUAUGAAGGAUCUCGGCGUGUCAAGCAAGAACGACUCCAUUUGCCGGAAUCAUGCAGGAUGUCCAGUUACAAGUUUACGCUCAAACUAG